CCGCUCAGCGGCGCAGGAGGACCCCAGCACGUGCUUCCCCGCGGCCUGACGUUCCCAGGGCACGGCUCGGGAGCUCACAGCUUGAGAGCUGGCGCGGCCGCUCCGAGCCUCCGUGGCUCCUCGCUGGGAGGAGCUGCUGGGACACAACCGUUUAUUGAGCGCCCGCUGUGUGCGCUCAGUCCUCGCCCCACGGUUCGGCCGUGAACGACCCCCGCCCCGUGGGGACACGGCGACGCGGGAACAAGUGGCCGUCCAGGAUGGGCAGCAGCUCGCUGUCCGAGGACUACCGCCUGUGCUUGGAGCGCGAGCUUCAACGUGGCCGCGCAGGCGUGUGCGGGGACCCGUCGUUGCGCGCCGUGCUCUGGCAGAUCCUGGUGGAAGACUUCGACCUGCACGGGGUGCUGCAGGACGACGCGCUGGCGCUGCUCACCGACGGCCUGUGGGGCCGCGCUGACCUGGCCCCUGCCCUGCGCAGCCUGGCCCGCGCCUUCGAGCUGCUGGAGCUGGCCGCUGUGCACCUGUACCUGCUGCCCUGGAGGAAGGAGUUCACCACCAUCAAGACCUUCUCUGGGGGCUACGUGCACGUGCUGAAGGGCGUGCUCUCAGAAGACCUCCUGAUCCAGAGCUUCCGGAAGAUGGGCUAUGUGCGCAGGGACGACCACCGCCUCAUGGUGGCCACCCCGCCCCCUGCCUCCCAGUUACUGCGCGUGGCCCUGGGCUGCUUUGCCCUCCGGCUGGAAUGCGAGAUCCUGGGAGAGGUGCUGGAGCGGCUGGGCACCAGCGUGCUGCCGGCUGACGAGCUGCUGAGGGCACGGCGGGCCAGCGCAGACGUGGCCUCCUGCGUGGCCUGGCUGCAGCAGCGGCUGGCCCGGGAAGAGGAGCCGCCACCCCUGCCCCCACGGGGCUCCCCAGCUAUGUACCGGGCCCCGCUGGACCUGUACCGGGACCUGCAGGAGGACGAGGGCUCGGAGGAGGCCAGCCUGUAUGGAGGGCCCUCACCAGGCCCAGACUCGCCCCCCUCAGAGCUGGCCUACCGGCCUCCACUCUGGGAGCAGAGUGCCAAAUUGUGGGGUUCUGGGGGCAGGGCCUGGGAGCCGCCAGCAGAGGCCGAGGUACCGCAGCAGGCCAGCAGCCCGCCUUACGAGGCCUCGGAGGAGGAGCUGGAGCCGGAGCCCUCGGCCUUCUCCUUUCUCUCACUGCGGCGGGAGCUGCUGAGUCGGCCUGGGGACGCAGCCGCUCCCAGAGCCCCAGGGAGCCCCGGAUGGGCCAGCCCCCAGCAUGUGCAUGGGCCCAAUCCCGAGACCCCCGGCUACCAGGCGCAUAGCUGCCUGGCCUCUGGCGCCCUGCCCACGCUCUGUUGCGACACGUGUCGCCAGCUACACGCUGCCCACUGUGCUGCCCUGCCUGUCUGCCAUCAGGGCCACGUGCAGCACACCCUGCUCAGCGACACCCAGCGGCGCCUGUGGCUGCAGCGUGCACAGGUGGACAGUCUGCUCUAUGACAGCCCUGGGGCCCGGCCAUAGGCCCUGCCAGGCCCUGGGUCAGGGCUUUCUGGAGUUACCUCGGUGCUUCUCUGGCCUCAUCCCUCCUUGGGCCUGGGCCACUGGCCACCUGCCCCUCCUCCCCUCGAGGAGCCCUGGGCACAACAGAAGGGGCAGGGAGAGUCCAGGCCCCACAGAGCAGGGGGUGGGGGCUUACCUGCCAUCGCCAGCUCCUGCCUCCAGCUGUCCUGUCCCUGUCCUCAGCACCCAGAUUCACGCCUGGACGUGCUGGGUAGAGGGACACAGCACCCGAACCUGUCCCCAUGAAGGACCCUCACCCUCCUCUCACCCCUUCCCCCACCCCACGGCAGGGGCCCAGCUAUCGGCGUAGCUCCACUCCCUGCAGGCGGUGGCUCAGGACACGGUGCUUCCCUCCACAUGUCCAGGGGGACUCGCCACAUGGGCGUGUCCUUGGGGGCCUGCAGGUGACAGCCCCUAAGCUGACUCAGCCCCUCUGUGGGUGUCACAAGCCACACUGAAUGACUCCAUGUGCCCUAGUCUCAGCUGGGCAGGGAAGCUGGGCGCAAAGACAGAGACGUGAUCUGGUUUGAAACCAGAGCAAGGAGAUGCCUGCAAACUCUCAAGAAAGCGCAGCAGGAGGUAGACAGUGACACAGCCGGACGAGCCUGAGUCACUCCACUCCAGGUGGAGUGUAGGGGCGUCUGAGCAACCAGCCACCCCGGCGGCUGUCCUGCUGUGUUGGCUGUGGAAGGCGGGGUGGGAGGUCUCCCAGGCCCCCCAAGUCCAGUGGUAAAGAUGCAGCAGGCCCCCUGAGGCAGACCCCCAAGGCCAAGGAAGGAGGGCCAUGCAACCCCUUGUCCCUUGGGGCAGGCAAGUGUCCCAGGAGCCACCGGCUCACAGGACUGGAGGGGGCAGGUCUGCCUGCCUCAGCCCUUGGGGCAGGUGCCUGUCUUCUGUGCUGGUCCCUCCACACCGGGUGCCCACCCAGCCUGUCUGUUCCAACUCCCGGCCUUCCCAGCACUGGGAGAAGCUGUCAGUCACGAAUCAGAACCUCUGAGUACAUUAAAUCACUGAGCCGCUCA